ACCUUGCUCCAGCCGUCCCUCCCCCAUUCCCACAGCAACUGCACACACCCCACUCCAGAGAUCUCCAAACCCUACUACUAAGGGAAGGCACCGUGAGGGGAGCUAGACCCCAGUGUAUUCCUCACUCCUUCCCCAGAUAGAUGGGCAACACUCAGGAUAGGGGAGAACUCCCCCAUCCCACUUGUGGGAGCAAGCAAAGGAUACCCUGGGAGGCCCUCAUCCAUCUUUGUUCUGCUGGGGUGCAGGGACUAGGGCCAGGUUUGCCCUGUGCCCAGCAGGGUCUCCAGCACCCAUCUCAGGGGCAGAGGCUGGGGGGUGACUGCUGGUGCAAGCCCCAGAGUGCAUGCAGCAAAAACACGGAUGCAUUGCUGGUGGCAGGAAGAGGAGGGACUAGGCUCUAGAGUUGCUCCAAAGUUUUGGCCUGGGUUGGUGGGGGGAGUGUCCUAGUCCUCCUCCUGGGGCAGCUCCGCCUGCCCAGCUGGCCCAGCCCCUCCACUUGUGCCAAGGAAUGUGCCGGGAGAGGCCAGCAGGGCAGCAGAGCCGCGGCCACCUGGAGGCAGUGCACAGGUCAACGUGGAGGUGCCAGGCCACCAUGCUCAGUCUCAAGCUGCCCCAACUUCUUCAAGUCCACCAGGUCCCCCGGGUGUUCUGGGAAGAUGGCAUCAUGUCUGGCUACCGCCGCCCCACCAGCUCGGCUUUGGACUGUGUUCUCAGCUCCUUCCAGAUGACCAACGAGACGGUCAACAUCUGGACUCACUUCCUGCCCACCUGGUACUUCCUGUGGCGGCUCCUGGCGCUGGCGGGCGGCCCCGGCUUCCGCGCGGAGCCGUACCACUGGCCGCUGCUGGUCUUCCUGCUGCCCGCCUGCCUCUACCCCUUCGCGUCGUGCUGCGCGCACACCUUCAGCUCCAUGUCGCCCCGCGCGCGCCACAUCUGCUACUUCCUGGACUACGGCGCGCUCAGCCUCUACAGCCUCGGCUGCGCCUUCCCCUAUGCCGCCUACUCCAUGCCGGCCUCCUGGCUGCACGGCCGCCUGCACCAGUUCUUUGUGCCUGCCGCCGCACUCAACUCCUUCUUGUGCACCGGCCUCUCCUGCUACUCCCGUUUCCUGGAGCUGGAAAGCCCUGGGCUCAGUAAGGUUCUCCGCACAGCAGCCUUCGCCUAUCCCUUCCUGUUCGACAACCUCCCACUCUUUUAUCGGCUCGGGCUGUGCUGGGGCAGGGGCCACAGCUGUGGGCAGGAGGUCCUGAGCACCAGCCAUGGCUACCACCUCUUCUGUGCGCUGCUCACUGGCUUCCUCUUCGCCUCCCACCUGCCUGAAAGGCUGGCACCAGGACGCUUUGACUACAUCGGCCACAGCCACCAGCUAUUCCACAUCUGUGCAGUGCUGGGCACCCACUUCCAGCUGGAGGCAGUGCUGGCUGAUAUGGGAUCGCGCAGAGCCUGGCUGGCCACACAGGAACCUGCCCUGGGCCUGGCAGGCACAGUGGCCACACUGGUCUUGGCUGUAGCCGGGAACCUACUCAUCAUUGCUGCUUUCACGGCCUCCCUGCUUCGGGCCCCCGGUACAUGCCCUCUGCUGCAGGGUGGCCCACUGGAGGGGGGUACUCAGGCCAAACAACAGUGAAGCCCCAUCCCUGACCCUGCCCUGGAGGGGGCAGAGGCCAGGCCCCCGUGCUGAGGAGGAGCCCAGAGUUGGGCCUAAUCAGGUGGGGACACAUCUCAGCUUGGAACCAACAGGGGCUGAGGAGAGAGGGCACAGGAGAGGAGGGGUGUCUAGGGGGAAUGGCAGAGUGUGAGCGGGACUGUGAGGGGGCUCUUGAUGGGAGUAGAGGAAGUGCUGAGGGUCUUGAGAGGGGAGAUGCAUGCGUGUCCAGGCUGAAGAUGCCCCCACACUCUGUCAAGGCUGGGGCCAGGAGGUGUUGGGGUCCUUUCAUCUGGCUCCAUUUCUGGUGCUCCUGAAGUCUCUGCUCAGCACAGGGAAGAACUAACACGACUAACCUAGGCCUACCCCAAAUGCUUCUUGCUAACCAGGCCGAGAGGCCACACACUUGCCCCCCAUCCCCACAAACCAGGUAAUGCCAGUUUGCCAGCAGCUAUUUGCCUAGAGAGAUGAGUCUGUCCUUGGUCAUAACUGUGUACUCAAGGUGUCCAGGCUUUUGGGGGUGGGCCUAUCUGGGUGCAUUGUGGAUGGUUCAGUGGAUUGAGGUGUGGGGAGGAGGGUCCUAGGCUAGAGGGGGGAUCCCUAGUUAAGACUUUAGGAAGCCACCUUCAAUGUUUUCUGGAACAAGGCAGGUACAAAUAAAAAAAUAAAACUUUGGAAAGCA